AUGACUCGAAGCGGAAUCGACAUGGUAACAAUGAGGAAUGUGAAACUCACAAGACAUGAUUCGCGUUGGCAAAGUUCAAGACAAGAAGCGUUUAACAAAGCAGCAGAGAGAAGCGAUUCUGGGCAGCGUUCAAGAUGGGGUGGGAAAAGACAAAAAGUUGAACAUUUCGUAAAUUGCUUUAUGUUCGCUCGAAACAAUGAAGAUUCAUCUAUGAUGUUAUUACAAUAA